UUCAUGAAUCGUUUAAUCCCAUCUGUUCAUUACCAAGAUUAACGGGUAAAUGUCGUGCCAAUUUACAACGUUGGGGUUGGAAUCCACAAACAGGCACUUGUCAAUCAUUCAUCUAUGGUGGAUGUGAUGCAAAUGAGAAUAAUUUUUCAACUAAAAAAGAAUGUGAAAAGGUGUGUCAAAGUAGAAUUCAUGUGUAGUCAUAUCGGCGCCAUGAUGUGGACGUUUAUCAUCAACGAACUUCUCUCCUCUCCUCUCCUCUCCUCUCCUCUCCUCUCCUCUCCUCUCCUC